AUGGUCACUGAGGCCCGCGCGAUGGCCGGCCCGACAGAGACCGCGUUGCCCAUCAUCGUUUCUUCCAACCGCAGCCUCGACAUCGUGCCUUACUGCCGCUAUCUGUUCUCUCAUGAAUUCGACAGAUUCGUGGCCAUCUUGCCAAGCGAAUUUCCUGCGCAGGCCGAUCGAGCGACCGAGGAGGCAUUCCUCCGGCGCUUCUUCAGCGACGAAGACAUUCAAGUUCAAGGAGGCGCCGAGGGCGAGGGCAAUGGCUUCAGAUUCCUCAAGGCAGCUUGGCUGUGGGCUGCGGAUUGGAAUCUCAACCAUCGCAUUCCGGCAUUGACAGAGUGGUGGAUCAGUGAGAAUCAAAACAUCCUGAGUGACCCGGACAUGAAGAAGCGCAUUUUUGAGCCGAACGUCCAACCCAGCACCUUCUUCGAGUCGAAGGAUAUCGCCAUGUACGGUAAAAAACUGCUGAGGUUGGUCAUCACGCGCAUCCAACACGAGUUGCGUCAUCAGGCUCCCCUUCCCGCUGCUCCUGGUAGCCCUCUUAUUGUGGACGGUUCUGGCUCUGCGAACCGUCCUGUACCGGCAACUGAGCCCACAGCCACGACAACAUCGCAACGCAAUGCUACGAGCGACCCAUCACCAAAUACAGACGGAGUUGCAGGGACUCAGCAGGAGAUCGAAUCGAAAGUGCCCUCCAACACCAAUCGCCAAGCCACAACGUCGCAAGGCAAGGGCAAGAGACCAAUGUAUCAACAGCCCGAAACAGGCAUUCCUGGUGGAAGCAGCAGUCGUGGUGGACACAGUGCGCGCGGCUCGUAUGGACCCGCCUCGCACGACAGCAAUGGCAACCACGUCGGUCAAGCAGGCGGCGGUUUCGUCUAUGGGCGUCAAGAUGUUCGAUAUCAGGCGCCCUUGGUUUCGUCUCAGACGGAUGAAUCUCAGGUGGAGAUGAUGCCAGGUCGUGCCGUCUCUACUGGUACACGUUUGCCUGAUCAACUGGAGUAUGCACCCCCUGCGAACCCCAACACGCCAUUUGUAGGCUACGCUCUGCCUGCACAAUCGAUGACUGGAAUGCCAGGACCAUAUGGCUACCCAGUUCAGGCCAAUUUCCCAAAUCAGUUUCAGCAGCACAUGUCUCACCCACGCGUCCCACCAGGGUUUACUGCUCAUUACGCUCAGCCUUUUGGAGACCGCAGCAAUUUUCCCAAUGAUGGUCGUGCCCUUGGCGACGAAUCACGUCUCUUUAAUCCAGACGAGAAGCACAAGCAAACCAAGCAAGGACCUAACGGUGGUAAUUCACGUGGCCGGAAGGAUCGUGGACAGCCAUAUCACCAACGAGGCGGCAAUCGUGGCUACAACGGAGGAACCUACGCGAGAGGUGGCCGCUCCUUUGACCGCCCCUCCGGCAGCGAUUUUCACUUUCCAGCGGGCGCCGGCUCGACUGUCAACGAUCAGCGUUUUAGCACCCCUUCAAGAGACAAGCAUUGGCAGCCUCCCUUUCCGACGGACGGGAAUACAUUCGCUGCUCAACACUAUGGACAGAUGCCGUACAUGCUCAACGGCACUGUCCCCUCAGCACCUCCUGGCAUCGGUCCUGUAUGGCCUCACAACAACAGCCAUGUCACCUCACCUCAUUACAUCCAGCAUCCCUCGACGAGUGACAGCGGACAUCAUCAGAGAACCCUGUCAAUCAGUAAACCAUGCGCUCCAGAAGAUUGCAACAAAUACACCAUCGGCGUCAACUGCAAUUUCGCCAAGAAGCUGAUGAUCUUUCAAGUUCCAAUCGACUUGACAGCUGAAGCCUUCCAGGCUCACUUUGAAAAAUUCGGUCCUGUGGAAGCCGUUCAAUUGCGAGACUCGCGCGAUGGCUAUCAGCGCGUCUCGUGGGUUGCAUUCGCGAAUGCUGACAGCGCGCGCCAAGUUCUGACUACGCGAGGCAAACCUUGGCCUGGCGGCCCUGUACUCUUCGCAGAAGUUGCUGGUGAGUACUGGAAUCCAGCGCAUUACAAAUACAGCGCGUAUGCAGCAGAUCGACCUGCGCGCGGACGUCAGCCAGCGUCCACAGUCGCCACGACGUCUCAAGCUCCAAACACCGCCGUCGACACACCGGGAAAAGAUAUCACGUCAGGCGACGCCGACAAGGUCGUGGAUCCUCAUAAGAAGAGGACCAGCGGCAACAACAAGAAGCCUAAGAAGCCGGGCAAGAGGCCUGCACAGGGUGACGGAAACGCUGUUGGUGAUUCAAAGGGGAACACCACUCGACAGAAUUAUCACGAAAAGCAUGCACCAUCAAGUGAUGAUGUUUCUAAAAUCCCGUCAGGAUCUGCCACCUCUACUACAUGCAAGCCUGCUCGCGAGGAAAUUCCGACAACCACCGUCGAUGCAAUGACGGCAUCGGACACAACAUCGCACGAAGCACCUCAGAACGAAGAGCUCAAGGGUGGGGGCGAGGAUGACGAGGCAGUCAAGCUUGAUGGGGUUGAACAGACCAGCAAUCUUGAGAGUGUCUCGUCUGUGGAACCCGUAGCUCCAAGCGCAGUCGUGGAUGAGGACCCGUUAUUUUCGCGUGCAAAUGAGCAAGGAGAAAAGGCCGCUGCCGUUGUGGGUGUAGYAAUCCUUGAUGCUGGUCCUACUGAGACCAGCAUCAACACCUCCGAUGAACAGGUUGAUGAGAGUUUCCACACCGCGGACGGUCUACAGGGUGAAGAGAAGGUCGGCGAUGGUCCGGAGAUUGUCGCUGCUACAUCAGACGGCGGACUAGCAGCAUCGAAAUUGGACGUGAGUCCCGAGUUGCCGAUCGCAGCGGCUGUGAAUAUCACUGAAGGUACUGAGACGACCGAGGUGGUGAGGACCGUGGAGCCUUCUUCCAUCGAUGCAGCAUUGCAAGUCAGUCCUUCAGCCACGGUGCCGGAUACUCGUGUAGAGUCCGCUUCCACACCGGAGAGCCCGAAGCUGACCGAACCUGCCGCCCCUGAGGAACCUUACAUCAUCGCGGAGGACAUCACUCCGACUAGGCCCGAGCGGUCAGUGACAAUCACAGUCCCAUCAAUUGAUACAUGCGUGGCUGCAGUGAGCGAGGAGAAACCUCGCGAUGAUGCUGUAUUCACCGGUCAAGUGCGCUCUAUCUCAGCCACCUCAGCCCUGGAAGCGCCCGGCACUGCAUUCGUCACUGCUCCAAGCACGCCUGCGAUCGCAGAGCCAGUCACUCAGAUCAAGUCGAAGAAGCCCUUGAAAUCCAAGGGUCCCGCGCAGACUGAAUCUCUCAGUUUAUUCGCCAAACCAAAGUCGAGGAAAUAUUCAUCGAAGAAGACCAAGCACGGCGUGCACGGCGUGGAGUCUCCCGGUCGACCAACAAGCGGAAACGCUGCUCAUUCCAACAAUCAAGCAUCUCCAACUAGCAUGCCUUCUAUCGCUGAAGCCGUCCCUUCAGUCGUUGCUCAGGACAAUGCUGAACCCGUGGCCUCGCUCAACGCCGCAGCGGACCACGACUCUAACGCAUCAUCCAACAGCUCACAUGAGACAACAUCCAGCAAGACAUGGACUCUGACAGAUCUUGUCGAUCCGGUUCGUGCAUUCCUUUCCAUGGGCUCAGCGCAGCAGAACAUGAAGUCCGACGAUGCUCGGCCGCCAGGCUCACCCAUGGAGAGAGACGACGAUAUUGUUCAAUCUGUUGAGCCUGACGGAGAGGACUCAAUGUCCAAGGAAUCGCAAGAUUUGCAGAAGGGCCCGCACGCCGCUCCUUCCGCCGGCCUGGGCAUCUCUGAUGUUACUCUCACUGAGCGGAGCUUAUCACCCGGGGCAGAUCAGGGCAAGUCCAAGAAGAAGAAGGCGAAAUCCAAGAGCAAGAACAAGAAGUUAAAAGCGACGGCUGAUGUUACGAUUUCCGGAAACACCAUGAUUGACGCCAAGCCAAGCGAGCCCAUCCACGAGUUCAAAGGCAACGAUGUCGCUUCCGACAGCUCUUCACAGACGCUCGGACGGGCAUCUCCAGCGAGCAAGGGACCAUCGAUGAAGCAGGUGAACGAGGCAAAACAGCAUAAGCCGCUGCUUGAGCCACGUCCAGCUCGUCAGAUCCGCAGCAAGAAACACAAGAGCGUGCACAGCAGAGAGGACAGCAACAACACCGAUGGUACUGACAGUGCAGAGGAGAUUGUGGUGCCUACGCCACAUUCAACCGUGUUCCUGGUACCGUGUGGGGACGGCAGAUUUAUCCCAGUACAGGCAGGACUGGAGGGAAAUGGGAUGACGGGCRGCGGUCAGCUCGCGCUGAUGCCAACAGCGACGCCCGAGCCGUCAAAGUCGACGCCGGCGCCCGAGAAGCCGUGGGAGGUCGAGAUUACAGAUGAGGUUGCAGACCCGGAGACGUCGAGUCCAGAUGUCACCAAGUCGAGGGAGAAGAUUCUUCAGCUCACGUUGGAAGAGGCACAGAAGAAGAGGUUUGCUUAG